UCUUGUAAACAGUCUCAAUUUGGACGGGAUACUCAACCUCCACCCCCGAUCGUUUAGUAGGCAAUGGUAAUGCGGACUGAUCAAGUAUGGUGUGACAACAGCUUAAGUAUCAGAAGCUUUACUGAACAUGAACAGGCGUGCGUUAGCUGUAGACAGCUCAAGUCGAAGUGCGACGAAAAUAAGCCGUGCAGGUGUUGCCGGGAGAGGGGCAUAACUUGCGAGUACAAGGAUCCCCUCACGAAGUCAGCAAAAUAGUCUUGUACCUCUUUACUAGCCUGACCCUCAAAAGGAUCGAUACGACAAAUACAGCCAUCUUGAACGCAAUUCUCGAUUUGAAGACCGCGACGCUUGACAGUCUGGCCCGGAUAGGCGACAGACUGAAGAGUUUGGAAGAUGAGCAGGUCUCACGACAAGCACCGACUGAGCAACAUGUGUCACAAUCACAGUUGAAGAGGAUCAUGACUUCUCCUGAGGACAGCCAGGAGCCCGAUCUGACGUCCUGGGCGGAUCCCACACGAGGGGAUACUCACGAGUAUGAGAGGGGACAUCAGGCUACACCUGUGAUGGGGGAGAAAGAUUCCAACGACUCAGCACAAGGUCUCAGAGAGCACCAAGCACGUCUUUCGCUGUCAGACUCAUGCGAAAACGGUACUGACUAUAGCGAAAGGCAGAGAUUGGGCUUGUUGCAAAGCUUCGAAGACGACAUACUCACAAUUUACCCUAUACUGAAGCUACAAGACUUACAACAUAUACGCCGUCUUCUCCAAUAUGAUGCCGACUUAUCGAAAACAGUGGAAGCUCAGCCUACUGGGGCUGUCAAGUUCACCAACACAUGUAACGUAGUACCGAUGAAGCGCAAGCGCUCGUCUGCUUCUGGUGAAGAGAACCAUACUCGGCCCCCUCGGGAAGAGUCGCGAAAUGGAUCGGCGCUCGACAAUCCUCUUUUGUCGACAGUUUUGGCCUUGGGCAAGAUCUGCCAACACCAACAGGAGGGUUGUGAUUCACAACAGCACACGCAGAAGUGUUUUCAAGGCCACGAAGCAAACAUCAGGUCGUUCACACUCGAUUACAAGUCUCAAUCCUCUCGUCUCAUGAGUCGACCUCAUGACGGAGGGACUCUGGAACAUGUCCAGACAUACAUCUUUGCUGCCCUGUACCACAGUCAACUUGGUAAUCUCAUCGAGAGCUACCAAUACUUGCUCGACGUCGAUCGAUUUUUGCGAAAUUUCAUGGAGAGGUAUAUGGAUCCGCCAGACAGAUAACACUUGCUAACGCAUCUGCCACAGCGAUAUGAAGCGUUUCAGCCUGAUGGAACAAGGUAUCGCCCCAGGACAGACUACAGUGUCCAGUGAUACGGACCAUAUGGUUCUUGUUAUGUACUGGGCAUGUUUUCAGUUGGGAAGGCAAGCAAGAAAAAACCAUCCCUUGC